AUGCCCAGCUCGGGAAAGUUGAAGACGCGGAAGCGGCGGGCCGAUGCGGUGAAGCCGGCCGCCGAGCUAGAAGCCGGGGAUGACGACCCGAAUGCGGUGAUGCUAGGCCCGAAAAAGAAGAAGGUCAAAAAGGCGGCCGAGGAGAAGCAGACCAAGUACAACCUGAAGCGCCGCGCGAUGAAGGAGCGCAAAGAGGCCAAGCUCACCAAGAAGGCGCGCAAGCAGCUGGCGGCUGUGGCCAAGCGGAAAGAGGAUAGGCAAACGAUUGGCAUCACCGAGCCGCGUCGUGUGGCCGCCGUCAGCAUGGCGAAGCGCGUCGGCGUCGAGCUGGGCCAGCCGGACAUUGUCUCCUACCAGAUCCGCUUCGAGGGCACGCGGACCGACGAGACGAAGAUACUGUUCAUGACCGACGGUGUGCUGAUGAAGGAGAUGCAGACCGACGUCAUGUUGAAAAAGUACUCGGUGCUGAUCAUUGACGAGGCCCACGAGCGCUCGAUGUACAGCGACGUGCUGAUCGGCAUGCUGAGCCGCAUCGUUUGCCUCAGAGCCGACACUAACCCGCUGAAGCUGAUCAUCAUGAGCGCCACGCUUCGCACCGCCGAUUUCACGCACAAAAAACUAUUCCCAACGCUCGACCCAAGGAUUCUGAGCGUCGAAUCGCGCCAAUUCCCGGUGACGCUCCAUUUUGAGAAGCGCACGCCCGCCGACUUCCUGAAAGCCGCUUUUAAUAAGGCGUGCCGCAUCCACGAGGAGCUGCCGGCGGGCGCGAUGCUGAUCUUCGUCCCCGGGCAGGCCGACGUCAAGCAGCUCAUCAAGAAGCUGACCGCAAGAUAUCCAGUGGUCUACGAGACGAGCAAGGACGGGCAGAAGCUGAUCCGCGGCUCGAAGCAGUGGAAGGAGAAUUCGCUGGCGCCGCCGCCGGCAAAUUGUGAGCCGCUCUACUGCCUGCCGCUGUACUCGCUGCUGUCGAGCGAGAAGCAGCGCCGCGUAUUCCAGGACUCGCCGCCCGGAACGAGGCUGUGCGUGGUCGCGACCAACGUCGCCGAGACGUCCAUCACCAUCCCCGGCGUGCGCUACGUGGUCGACUCCGGCUUCGAGAAACAGCGCCGAUACGACCCGGUGACUGGCGUCUCGCAGUUCGUGCUCGCCCGCUGCAGUCAAGCCUCGGCCGAUCAGCGAUCCGGACGUGCCGGCCGUGUCUCCGCCGGCCAUGCUUAUCGGCUCUACUCCUCACAGGUCUACCAGGAUUGUCAAAAAUUCUCGCGGCCCGAGAUCCUCGACAAGCCGGCCGACCAGCUGGUGCUGCACCUGAAGAGCAUGAACAUUGUCAAGGUUGUCAACUUCCCGUUCCCAUCUACGCCGGACGAGGACGCGCUGAUCGCCGCCGAGGAGCGGCUCAUCAAGAUGGAGGCGCUGUCGGUGGGCACGCGAAAUGAGAAGACCGAAGCCCGGAUCACGGCGCUCGGGAAAUCAUUGGCUGUCUUCCCACUCGCCCCAGCGUAUGCAAAGGUCGUCGCCAUGGCCAACCAGCACGGGCUGAUGCCGUACGCGAUUGCGCUCAUCGCCGCGCUCUCAGUCCGAGAGCCGAUGGUGAACGUGGCCACCCUGCGCGGAUCCACGGAGGCCGAGACGAAGCAGCACAUGGUGAAUAUACUCAAGCUGCGCCGGAGUUGGCUCGGCAAAAACGCGCCGCGCCGCCUCGGCGACCUGGGCGUGUUGCUGAGGGCGGUCAGCGCCAGCGAGAAGUGCGAGAUGAUCCCUGAUGAAUGCGACAUGAUGGGAAUGCGGUACAAGGCGAUGCUCGAGGUCCGCAAGAUGCGCGUCCAGUUGACGAACAUCGUGAACACGACGUUCGGGGUCGACGCGCCGUUCGAGCCGAUUCUGGAACCGAUUGACGAUCAAAAGGCCCAAAUGUUGAGACAAGUGAUGGUCGCCUGCCUGGCCGACCGGAUCGCCAAGCGCGUCGACCAGACGACCGCUGAAGAGGUCCCCAAGGGCGCCUAUCAAUGCCAGAGUAUCAAGGAGUACGUCUUCAUCGACCAAACGUCGAUGCACUUCAUGGAAGAGCCCGACUACGUGCUAUACCAGGAGAUUACGCAGCUCGGCGGCAAAAAGUGCAUGCAGAACGUGAUGAGCGUCGACGAGGAGUGGCUGUACAAGUUGGCCGAGAACUACUGCACGUUUGGCGCGCCGCCGGCGGACAACAAGGGCGUCAGCUACAACCCGAAGAAAGACGCGCUGACCUGCUCGGUGUCGGUGGCGUUUGGGCCGUGCGCCUGGGAUCUGGGCACCACCGAGCGCCCGUUGCCGCACAACAUCAACACGUACCGGCUGUUCGCGCAAUGCUUGUUGGCGGGACAGGUAAUCCCCGCCCUUGCCGAGUGGACCCCGAAGCUGUUGGCGCCGCCGACGACGAUGACCCGGGAGUGGGCGAAGCUGCAGCCGCGGACUGAGGCCGUGCUGAAUGCGCUUAUACGGAAAGAGACACUAUCCCGCGCCGCGCUCAACGCCGUCUGGGCAAAGGAGCCCGAGUUCUUGCUGGACGAGGUGCAGGCGUGGCUCCCGCAGAUGCUGCACACCAAGUUCCAGGCCGCCUGGCCGCCCGUCGACGCGAAGGAGGCCGGCAGAAAG